UGCUGGUUAGGCUUAAAAGAACAAGUUUGCAGUUUUAAAUGACGCAUAAACUUAUAUGUGCAUGUGGAUAAAAAAAAGAACUGGCUUUUAAAAGUCAAACUAUAAAAUUAAAUUGCAGCAAAACACAUUGUAAUUAUUGUAAAAAAUAGCGAUCGACGAAAUUGGUGAAAAAAAAAUUUUAUCGUAUUACGCCAUGUUCGCCGAUGUGGAAAAAGUAUACCAGAUGUAUUACAGAAUUUAUGCAAAAUGUCUGUAUUGAAAAUUUGUAAUUUACAUCGAAACAAUGCUCACGUGUUUAUUAAAAACAGUACGACGUUUAUUUUAACGUACAAACCUCAAUAGGACGAGUAAAUUGAUUGCUUAUAUGUUGUAUGAUAUAAACGGACGAUACAUUUAAUCGUCAAUUAAUUGGCAAAGAUGUACACAUUCAAACCAUUUGUGUUCAUGAAACAUGAAGCACAGAGCGUGGAACGUCCGAAAGCCAGAAGUGGACAUAGAAUAGUUUGUAAUCAUAAGAAUUUGUAUUCUUACGGUGGUUUUAACCCAUGUAUCACCGACAAUGAUCCAGACAUGAGAAACGAUGAAAUAUGGAGUGCUAGUAAACCACUUUUCAAGGAAGUUUGGAAGUUUAAUCUUGUUACGCAACAAUGGAAGCGUUUACCAGGUCAAGAUAAUAUGCCUAACGAAUUGGCAUCUAACGCAGUGAUAUUGAGGGGUAAUGCCCUGAUGGUUUACGGCGGAACCGGUGUACCGUUCGGACAAAGUUGUAGUAAUCAUCUGUACGUAUGUAACGUUGAUGAUGGCAAAAUGUAUACUGUACCAGCGAAAGGAGAAUUGCCUGAACCUCAGUAUGGACAAGCUUUAAUAUGCCAUGGAUCAUAUUUAUACACUGUCGGUGGGACUACCGGAUACGAAUAUACUUGUGAUAUUCAUAGAUUUGACCUUAGAACUGGUGUUUGGGAACCUGUUUAUAUAUGUUCCGGGAGAGAUCAAAGUGAACCAACAGGAAGAUAUAGGCAUGAAUUAGCAUUUGAUGGAAAACUUAUUUAUGUUUUGGGUGGAGGAACAGCUGCAGAAGCAUUUGGUUUCUCUGAGAUUCCUGCUUUUAACUUAGUAACAAAUAAAUGGAUAGUAUUAAAUACAUAUGGAGACAGUGACGAUAAUACAGUACCAGAACCUAGACGUUGUCACGGUUCUGUUCAGUAUACAGAUGAAAAGACAGGAAUUACCUCUGUAGUAAUAUCUGGAGGAUACAAUGGUGAUCAUGUCUUUUCUGAUGUUUGGAGACUAGACUUGAGUCUCCUACAGUGGACGUGCUUAAGAAAAUGUAUACUUCCGUGCCCUGUAUAUUUUCAUUCUGCAGCUCUUACACCUGAAGGGAGGAUGUAUACAUUUGGAGGAAUAGUUAGAGAAAAUAACGAGCUUGACAGAACAGAUGCAGUUCAUUCUGUUUGGCUAACGAUUCCGAAAUUAUCGGAAAUGUGUUGGCAAGCAGUCAUUUAUUACAAUCCAGACAUAAGGCAUAAGACACGUGAUGAAUUACUUUACAUGGGAAUACCAUUAAAGUUUGUGCAAAGAAUCGAUUGCGAUUCCGAAGCAGAACUUCAUAUCAAACGGACAACGUGUUUGCGUACGAAUUUCGGAGUACAAAAUAGCUUAAAAAAACGUACCUUAUUAAGUACGCAUUUCGCAGAAUACGUGCAAUUAUGCACGGACGUUAUUGAAAGAUAACAGGGGGAACAAAUGUGGUAGAGGAGAGAAUAAAUUACACGUGAAUUGUGUGAAAUGCAAUGGAAGUUUUGCCUUAAACUUAGAUAAACGAAAUUAUAGUCACCUUUGUAUGCGAUACAUUAGAGCGAUACAACAAUGGUUCGUAUACUUUAGUCUCAUUCUAUGAACGAACCUGUCGGCAUACAAAGAGGCCAAUGCAAAUUACACUUAAGUAGACGCAAAAAUAAAAAAAGGUUGUUUCUCUUCUCAUUGUUCAAUUCUCGGUGUUAAUUAUCCGAAUUUAAGAUGGUUCACCAUAGGUGUGCGUUAAAGGAACAGGAAGGUAGAUUGUAAAUAGGAAAUUGAAUAAAACUAAACUGACACUCUU